AUGGCGGGAGUUGCAGCUAACAUCGAUGCAACGUCGACAAAAAAGCAUGAGAAAUUCGUGCCACUAGUCGCAUUCGAAUGCGGUUAUCGUAAUAAAUAUAUGAAUGAGGACGGUGUAUGGAUUAGCGACGAGAAUCGAUAUGCAACAUGUCUCAGUGGAAAGCUGGACAUUCUCAAAUAUUGCAAAAAGGCGUAUCCCAAAUUGAAUAUCACAAAUAUUGUUGAAUAUUCACAUGAGAUGGCCAUCGAGAAUUGGUGUCGUGAAGAAGGCAAACCAUGCAAAUGGACUCACACCGUUCGACCAUAUCAGUGUAUCGAUGGCGAAUUCAAAUCGGAAGCAUUACAAGUACCGCACGAUUGCCGUUUUUCUCAUGUGAAUUCCGGUGAAUCUUGCAAUGAUUACCAGCAUUGGCGUGACGAAGCCACAAAACAAUGCUCCAUCAAGACAUUCAAUGGAAAACCUAUGUCUGUACGAUCGUUUGCUGUACUCGAACCAUGCAGUCUCGAUCUUUUCACUGGUGUUGAAUUUGUAUGCUGUCCAUCAAUUGACAAGAUCACGGUCCCAGUGGUCGGUGCUCGAACAAUCGAAAAGGCGAACAAGCUGCCCAAAGACGAGGAGGAUGAUGAUGACUAUGAUGAGGAAUACGAUGAAAGUGAUGAAGAGUCGUCUGACGAGAAAUCGUCUGAGGGUCAGGAUCCCUAUUUCAAGAACAAGGACCCUGCUAAUGAACAUGAAAACUUCAAGGAUGCCGAAGAUCGACUAGACAAGAAACAUCGGGAGAAGAUUGAGAAGGUCAUGAAGGAAUGGGGAGAAUUGGAAGCUCGCUAUCAGCAGAUGAAAACAAAGGAUGCCAAGGGCGCUGAGUCGUUCAAAGUGUCAAUGACAAAUCGUUUCCAGAAGACUGUUGCAUCGUUGGAAGAUGAGCACAAACGACUCAAGAAGCAGCUUGAGACCACCCACGAAGAACGUGUACAGGCUAUCCUUAACGAGAAGAAGAGAACUGCCACCCACGAAUACCGUCAAGCACUCGCCAUGCAUGACAAAUCAGCCAACAAACAUCACGUGUUGAAAACACUCAAGACCUACAUCCGAUCGGAGGAGAAGGAUCGUAUUCACACCAUCAACCGAUACCGCCACCUUCUGCGUGUUGAUCAGGCUGAAGCUGCGGCUUUCAAACCAACAGUCCUCCACAGACUCAGGUACAUCGACCUGCGUAUUAAUGGCACCUUGGCCAUGCUACGCGACUUCCCAGACCUCGAGAGUCAAGUGCGUCCUAUUGCAGUGGCGUACUGGUCUGACCUCCGACGUGAGAACACACCUGAACUGUCUGACAGCGCUAUAAAUGCCCUCAAUUCGCUCGACACACCUCCAACAACCACAACAACCACGACCACGACCACCCAGAAGACUACCACACAGGAGCCAGCGAAGGAUUCCCACGAUUCUGAGGAGGAUGACGAUGAAUACUAUGAGGAUGAGGAUGACGAAGAGGUCAAGAAGAAUCCCAUCGUAAAGAAACCCAAGGUAAUCGAAUACGUGAGAAAAGAGGAAGUGAAGAAGCCCGAACCACCAAAGCUUAUCGAGAAAUCGGUACAAACUGAACCGAUUACCAUGGACGAUGAUUCCAAUUCGGAUGAAAGUGAUGAGGAAUCCAUCAAGGAACUUCGCGUCGAUAUUGAACCGAUCAUCGAGGAGAAACCGGCAUUCUAUCGCCAAGAAAAACUCAUUCAAACCCAGAAGUCGAUGUAUCAGGAGAGUGGACUGCUCUCAUCCUCACAGGUGGUAUUCAUCGUUGCUGCUGUAGCGAUUGUCUCACUAACGAUGUUGGUUGCUACUGUUGUACGACGACGACGAGCACAUCACGGGUUCAUCGAGGUCGACGUAUACACUCCUGAAGAACGUCAUGUGGCUGGAAUGCAGGUGAACGGCUACGAAAAUCCGACGUAUUCAUUCUUCGACAGUAAGGCUUGA